AUGAUAUUGGACGACGACAUAAAACCAACUUUCACACAGCACGAGAUAACUGCGUUGCUUUCACCCUUCCUUGACCCACGGAUGGUCCAAGCCAUUAUGAAUUGGAUGGAUGGAAAUAUAGACAAAUCCAAUACUACCAAGUCAAUGAAGGAACCAGUUGAUAUGCACAUCAAAACUCAGAAGCUAGAUGAUGCGGAAUUUAAGGAGAAGGAGUCUCAGCUACUCAGUUGCGUGGAGCCUUUUAAGAAGGCACUAAAUCUCUACCGAGAGGAUCAAUUGCACAAAAUAUCCGCUAAUGCCGAAAAAGUCUCCAUCGCUGGGCUAAUUUUGUGGCUAAACUCUUCCUACCCCGAACAAUCAGACAUAACUUUCCCCUUUGACGUGGAUAAACGGUUGCUAUCAUUGGCCCAACUUUACUAUAAACAGGGUGAUUACUCAAGGUGUAGAAAAUGGCUAGUUUACUACAUUAACAAUGUAGCACAUUAUAUAAAUGAGGGGUCUUCUGUUAAGAACAAAAUGCCGUGUUAUUGGGGAAUUUUGGCAUGCUUGAUACUUGGCUACAUAGUUCCCUUGUCCGUUGAAUCCCUAGAUGCUCCACAGACGGUGAUUGUUGAUGAGGCAGAUCCAAUUGCACUGGAAGCUGAAACUCCCAAAGCGGCGAUAAUUUGCAUAUUGAAAAUAAACGAAACUUUUACCAAUGACGAAUCUUUUGGAGAGAAGAAGGAGAACGUGCUGAAGCGUGCCUGGUUGAUCCAUUGGUCUCUUUUCUUCGUUUUCAAAUACUAUCUCUCCUUAGUUCAUCUUAAGGAUAAGGGUUCUAACAUACAAGACUGGCCUCAACUUCAAGAAUGGCUACUAGAUGAGAGGAAUAUCGCAGUUGUUUUAUUUUCGGCACCACACUUGUUACGUUACUAUGCAGUAUAUGCUUUGCUUAAUUGGAAUCGCAAGGAUCACUUUAGAAUCAUCUGCAAUGCUAUUGCACAGGCAAAGACAAAAUACAAUGAUACAUUUACAUUGUUACUAGGAGCUCUAUCUGUGGAAUUCGAUUUCGAAGAAGCACAAAAACAAAUUUCUGAAAUAAAACAGUCAUGCGAAUCAGACUAUCUGCUCCAUAUGUUGAAGGAUUCAAUUGAGGAAAAUGCUAGAUACAUGAUUUUUGAAACAUAUUGCCGCAUUCACAAGUCAAUCAAUCUGAAUAUGAUAGCGCAAAAAUUGAACAUGUCAACAGCCAAAGCAGAGAGGUGGAUUGUAAACCUUAUCCGUCAUGCAAAGUUGGAAGCUAAGAUUGAUUCUGAGAAGAAUCGAGUUGAAAUAUCAACCACUCCUCCUUCGUUUUAUCAGCAAAUAAUUGAAAAGACACAAAAUUUGGCAUUGAGGUCUAAUAUGAUUUUGCAACACUUGUACCAACCGACUGAAAGGAGUAGUGUUACUAACACAAAUACUGGAAACAAUGAUUACGGUGAUGGCGACUUGCAAUUUGAAAAGGAUGUAGGACAUAAAAAGUCGCAAAGUUCGCGACUCGGCGGUUUUAUCCCAGAGAGAAAGCCCAGGAAGUUGGUGGAAACUAGAAGUUAA